AAACGAUCCGUUUAUGCUAAACCAAGUCGCUGAGCCAGUCUGCCAGCUACUAUUAGUUCAGUUCGAACCGUCUGCGCGAUCGGAUUUAAUUCUACAUAUCUGCUGUGCCUCCGCAUGAAUGCGAGGGGUUCAUUCUGCUCUGCCAUCGAGAACGGAAAACGGAAGCAAUCCAAAAACUGAAAGAGACGAACAGACAUACAGAACUAUUGUGUCCAGUGGAUACGGGGCACCCUUUCAGUGGAUUGCGUCCGUCGCGUGUUUGGGUUUGGAGCAAGCUUUGUGCCCACGGUGCUGCGGUGGGUCCUGGUUGGCAGCUCCCCCCUCCCCCAUCGUUCGCAGUUAUCCGGACGUAGGAUAGUGUGAAAUAAUAGUGCACCGCGACCGCGUACGAACCAUGGAUUACUCAAUAAUAGUGCAGCAGUAAUUGAAAGUCAUCUUUACUUCCCAAUCAGCUCAAAUAAACCAUUCGGAGUGGUUUCGACCAAGCUGCGCCAUGUUUUAUUGUAUAUCUCGUUCUACGCGAAGAAUACUGCUCGUUUACGCUCUUCAAAUCAUUCAUACUGCCUGAUAUUUAACCGACGGAUCGUCGCCAGCAGAACGACGCAGACGCAAAACAAUACACGAUGGCGACGAUCAGCAUGUGGCAGCCGACAGGCUGAAAACAUUAGACCCAUAAGUGAGCCACUGCCUGUCAGCGAGUUUGUGACCGCCCUGUUCCCUCGCCCCCUCAAUCAUAGGAAUCCCCCUCACGAGUGCAAAACACUGGCCACGAGCCGCUUAAUCCGUGAUCUGUCACCAUCAUCCCCAGAAGAAGCGACACCGCUGAGAAACCAGAAGAAUACAUUGGUGCUAGUGUUUGUGUAUGUAUGUGUUGAUAAGUUCGUGUGACAGAUAAACAUCACACCACGGAUGGUUCGUGCAAAAAUUUCACAUGUGUGCCUGUUUGUUUUGCUUAAUUGUUAUUUACCCGAAUUAUAGUUUUUUCGCUCUGGUGUUUAAUCAAGCAUUAUCGUUCUAUAUUUGAAGAGUUGACACAAAAAAAAAAGAAGAGAAACCGUGAAGAAAUAUAAAAACCGAUAGUACGUUCGAAAGCCAGAAGGAAGAAGCAUUUUGAAAAAAAAAAUCUCGAGGAUUGGAAGGGCAGAGCAGUGGCCGAAUGUUUGUGACAAGUUAGCAAGUUAAAGUCAAUAAAUCCCCCGAAAAAUAAAAUAGGUUGAACCUAUCAAAGAUUGCUAAUUCGUGCAACAGUGAUUGAAUAAAGAAAAGGUUAGACCUUCAACCGUUCCGAUCGCACCAACAUAUGCGUGGAAUCAACCAUUAAAGAUUUCCAACACGAGCAGAGAGCAGAAAGGGCGGUGCCAUGACGAACGACGCCAACAGUAAAACCGGGAAAAUGGACUCCCGCAUUGGGCUGGAGUAUAUCGUCGAAAACAGUGACUACGUCAACAAGUUGGGCCUUGCGCUGGACACCAACAAUGUGACGGUGAAAAAGCAAGUGUUUGAAUUGCUGUCCGCUCUCUGCGCCUACAGUUCCAACGGUUACAAGCGGACAAUAGAGACACUGGAACAUUACAAGAACAUCAAAGGUGAGCGCUAUCGACUGAAUAUAGUGGUCGUGGAACUGGACAAAACCACCGCUGUCGAGUAUCAAAUUGCGCUGUUGGCGUUCAUAAACUGUAUUAUUAUAUCGGCAGCCACGCUACAGGAUCGAAUACGGAUUCGAAAUGAAUUUAUAGGCUUAAAUUUACUACCAGUAUUAAACAAUCUCAGGCGUAUCGCCAGUAACGUUCCGGACAUCGGAGUGCAAAUCGACGUAUUUGACGAACAGCGAGAAUGCGACGAGUCACAGAGCCUGCAAGGGCCCGAUGGAAUAAAUUUAAACUCACAUCUUGAUGUCUUUUAUGCGAUACUGCGACAGGUCGCCGGUACGCCACAAGAGAUACCAUUCCUCAGCAUACUCCAGCACCUGCUACAGAUCGAUCCGAAGGAGCCGAUCAGCGACAUCAUCUGGGACACCGCCGAAACGCUAGUGCACCGCGCCACCCUGCUAGAAAACAAGGAAGCCUCCGUACGCCUGCUACGUGCUCCCAGCAUACAGAAACUAUCCUGUCCCCACUGUCGGAACGACAUCACUAGCCCUACCCGGCGGCAAUCGGUUGGUCCCCAAACACCAGGACCAAACAGCACAAGUUCGGGUCACUCAUUUACAGGACCUCUUGCGCCAGCACCCCCGCCGCCGCCACCACCUCCUCCUAACUUGGCACCUCCCCCUCCUCCACCGCCACCUCCCUGUGCACCCCCGCCACCACCACCCCCAAUGGCACGAGGUCCCGGAGCCCGCGGUGGGCCUCCUGUACCACCAGCACCACCCGCACCACCUGCCCCAAAUCUGCUGUCCGUGAAAGCGAACGAACUUGCGCGACCAAAAACUCCCGAGGCACAGAUCGAGGUGAUCAAACCUCUUCCCCAGCAAGAGACACCAAUACCGCGGGCCAAGAUGAAAACCAUCAACUGGAACAAAAUUCCCCCACAGAAGGUGAUCGGAAAGCCAAACAUUUGGUCCAUAGUGGCGGACACCCACCAGGGCAGUCCGAUGGCCGAUCUCAACUGGGACGAGAUGGAGGGUCUGUUCUGUCUUCAGCAGAGCCAAGGGUCGCCCAAGCUGGGUCGUGAAAACAGCGGCUCCGACACGCUGGAACGCAAAUCACGCAAGGAGAACGAAAUCACACUUCUGGACGGAAAGCGUAGCCUUAACGUCAACAUAUUCCUGAAACAGUUCCGCUCGUCCAACGAUGACAUUAUCCAUCUGAUACGCCAAGGUGAACACGAGGACAUCGGUUCGGAGAAGCUGCGCGGUCUGUUGAAGAUUCUACCCGAGGUUGACGAACUUGAGAUGCUCAAGUCAUUCGACGGAGACAAUAAUAGACUAGGGAACGCGGAGAAGUUUUUGCUGCAACUUAUACAAGUGCCUAAUUACAAGUUACGAAUCGAAAGUAUGUUGUUGAAGGAAGAAUUUAAAGCGAAUCUGAUUUAUCUGGAACCGAAUAUCAACGCAAUGCUUUAUGCGAGUGAAGAUCUGAUGAACAACAAAUCUCUCCAGGAGGUGCUAUACAUGGUGGUAGUUGCGGGCAACUUUCUCAACUCGGGUGGAUACGCUGGGAACGCAGCCGGUGUGAAGCUUUCCUCUCUGCAGAAACUGACGGACAUCCGAGCUAAUAAGCCGGGAAUGAACCUGAUCCACUUUGUGGCGCUACAGGCGGAGAAGAAAAAUAUCGAAUUGCUCGAAUUUCCAUCUCAGAUGACCACGCUGGAGAACGCCACCAAAACGACCGUUGAGCAGAUAAGUAACGAAAUUAAUGCAAUCGAUAGCCGAAUUAAGAAGAUUAAGCGGCAGAUUGAGCUCCCGAAGACCGAGGAGGACAUCAAGUAUCAGAUGGUGGAUUUCAUCACAGCCGCCGAGCGAGACGUUCAAAUGCUGCAGCGAGCGAUGAAGGAACUGGAGGGGAUGCGCCUACUGCUGGCCGAUUUCUUCUGUGAAGAUGUUGCCACAUUCAAGAUGGAGGAGUGCUUCAAAACAUUCCACAAUUUCUGCGAGAAGUUCCAACAAGCUGUGAAGGACAACACGAAACGUCGGAUGCAGGAGGAACAAGCCCAACUCCGGCGAAAACAGCGAGAAGAGCAGCUCGCCAUAAAACGAAGACAAUCUAAUCAACCAGGAACGCCCGUUUCGGAUUCUGAAAACAGUCUACUGCUGGAUCAGUCCCAGUACGAUAUGCGAUACAGUCCAGCGAUGUCUCGACGACGGAUAGGAUCGUUCACCAGCAACGGAGAUCCGGUAAUGAUGCGGGAAGAAUGUGCCUCCCCGGACAUAACCCCUAACGGUAGUCUUCGGAGGCGUCGAAGUCGGGUCCUGUCCGAGGAGGAUGAAGGUAGCCUGAUGGACUUCCUGCGGUCGUCCGGCCACGAGAAUGGCAGUCGAGAGAGGAAAUCCGUCUCGUACGGCGGCAGUCUCGAUCGAUCGUGGGCUCGCCGGGCCCGCUCCGGGAGUAGUAGUAAGAAACGACCGGAUCUGCUCAAUGUAGACUUUGGUACUGACAGAGAACGUCCGAAUUCGCCUUCGCCGCUAGCCGAAUCGAAGCCACUGCCAGUGGAAGAAAACAAACCGAGAAUUUCCAGGGAAUGGCGCCAGAAGAUCGAGUCGUGGCUACAGGCGAACGAAGCGGACGAAAAGCAGAACGAUGACUACAAGAUGAAGAGGAAGCUACUGACGGUGAAUCGCCGAUCGUAUGAGACUGACAACGAGAGCGAUCGGGGCAGCAAACUGGAUCCGCUGCCAGAGGAGAAACCACCCUCGCUGACAUCACCGGAGCCGAAUCCUUCGGACCAGCCGUUGGCUACAAGCUACAAGCGCGUCUAUCCGGACUGGAAGCCAUCGAGUGCGAUCGAGAAGACUGACGUUGUGGGAACCAUGGAAGCUAUCGCAGGUGCUGCCCCAUCCAGCCAAGACAAAACGGCUUGGCGUAAAUCGAGCUUGAAUAGUCAGGAAAAUUCGGACGACCGACGAUACCGCAGGCAGCGUUCGCGGGAAGGUACAACACCCAGCUCAAAUCUCCAGUCGAUACUCGAGGAGGACAAGCGCAAAUCGGUGAUCCAAUCCCUCGGAGAACGUCCUCCUUCAGACCGGCUGCAGAUCUACAUCCGCCGAGGCUCGGACAAUAGCUCCCAGCCCGAGAGUACAGUCACCUCACCAAAGCAAACGAGCACGAGCGCACACGAUGACAACAAGCAAUCGAUCUACAUACGUCAAGUUCACGGUAACGAGCCCGCGAAAUCGAAGCCCAGUUCAGCCGCGGACAAGCAAUCGAUAUACAUCCGACCAAAUGGCAAUGCCUCAUCCACGAUAUCCUCGAUAAAUUCCUCCUGCACAAGUGCUAGCGAUAGCCAGCUGCCAGAAGGUGUGCCACAUCUGGUGGCACCACCGCGAAGAGCACGACGAACGCAUCACAUCUACGAUGAGCAAACGAACAAUAAAAUAGAAAUCGAUUCGGAUAACAUCGAAACGCCACCCUCAAUCCGGAAAAGUUUCAACCGGGAUCAUCAAAGCAGCAGCAAUAGUAACUCGUGUCGCAAAGUUCACACUCCCAGCGACCAAACAAACGAAUCCGAAAUCAAGAGUGGAACGAUCGGUGGCUUAACCGAACAGGAGAUACUGGGCGAUGGGCAGUUCGAUCGCUUCUCGUCGACACGAAGAACGCGACGAUUCAAGCGGCCCGUCGAUCUGAGCAGUGGCAACGAAACUACCUCGCCGGAAUCGCUACCGGACAAUCCGCUACUGUCGGAAGCCGCCAGAAACUCCGUUGUGGCCGCAGGAGGGGACUCUGAAUGCAACGACAAGCAGAAAGAACUACGGCUGAAGCGUUGGCAAGAUAAGCUCAACAGCACGGGUAGUGUGGAUGAGAGAGUGAAAAUCUCGGAAGGAGGAGUAAGACCGGCAAGAACAGCCAGGAAUAUGAGUAGGAUUAGCCAGGAUGACGUACGACAGGCCAUAAGAAGUCUGAAGUCACCUACGCCGGAACGGAGUUGGAGUCCGCCGAAGGAGAUAGCUCGGGAGGUGCCAUGUAGUGUUAAGGUGAUUACCCAUGAGUUAAACGAUGAAGGAUUCGAGGAAACACAGAGCUUAGUAUCCGAUACCCCAUCACACGGUAAGGAUAGUACGUCUUCCUGCAAUGAUUAUGGAUCGGAUUCCAGGAACAAAAAGGUUGUAAGACCUUCGGUUAGUGGGAUAGAUUCCAGUCCGAAGAAGGUCUCAGUCAAAGUCAAUCCGAAUCUACCGAGUCUUCUGAUAAGCAAAAACCAAUCCGCUCUGGAACGUAGCAAAUCAUUGCGUGGAACUCCGCCCUCUCUAGUCAAUAGGAAUCUGUUACCACGUCGUACGAAUUCGAUGAGAAAAUCGGAUUCGCCAGCGAGCGCAGCAACGAGUGCGGCUAAGAACCAAUUGCUCGAUGUCGAAAGAAGCAAUUCGCGAGCGAGUCUCCGUUCAUCGCGCUCCUCGCUGAACAGUGCCGUUUCUACAAACACAGUCAAAAAGGUGCCAUUACGUCCCAAGUCAUCGCCUCUGACCACUUCAAGUGCGCAGCCAAGUUCGACCGUUCCACCAAAAUCACUUUCGGCGCACAGUUCACCCAUCAAGAGACCUCCCAAUGCGAGCGGAUCGAGGACACCUCUCACAGGAACACCUGCUAGUCGAAGUAGUUCUAGCGGUUCGAGUAUAGGGCCCUCGGCUGCUGCUGCCGCAGCCGCCGCUAGAAAACCUCCCCUGAAAUCUAUUGGAUCCUGCGGACUGGGAUCAAGUACAAGCUUUAAAGAAAACCAAAAUCAAAACACCGUACGGAGUCGAUUGCACGUCAAAACCGCUAGCAAUACCAGUAUUGCAAACUCGGGAGCCGCCAGCUCAUCUACGGGAAGCGCGACAUCGAGAGUCAGCAGCGCCCGAAGUAACCCAACCCGAUCCGGCGGCUUCAUGCGACCAACCACUUCCAGUACCACUAAGAUCAAAGAGAAGUAAUUAUCGCCCAUGAUCAACAUUUGAGCUCAUAAUCAGGAUUCAUUCUUCCACCCUUCACUGUUUCAUCUCUGAAUUGAAAUCUCCGUCCAGUUAAGUUGCACUGAUCCACGCUUCGUAAACUCUACUCAGUUCAAAACGGCCAACAGACAAUUCGUUUCGAUUUAUAUUUUUGUAUGCUUAUAAGACUAGUAGAUGAUAAUCAAAUUGCUGCUAUGCAUAUUUUUCGAGCGAAAUGCAUAUUUUUCGAAUUAUUUACAAAACAAAACUAAUGAUGCGUCCUCGUUUAGGAAAUCCACCAAACGAUUGUUAAACACUAUGAGUCAUUGCACUAACGGCAUCGAACUAAAUUUGGACCGGUUUACAGUUCCGAUAGUUCCGUGAUGGUUGCCAUGAGUGAAAUUUAGGAGGUCUUCACUUUUUGAAAAAGCACAUGUGGCACACUCCAGCGUGACGUGACAACGUUUUGACACACUAAAAACAGUUUUUUUCUCGUUUUCAUGUAUAAAACACACGAUUUCCAAAGAGUAAAUAAUGUCAAAGUAAGAUUGGGAAAAUUUCCUACAAGAAUCAUCAGUUGGACAAUAUUUUGUGACCUGACAUUUUGCGGUUUCCGACUGUUUAACAUUAAUAUUGUAUUUUCAGUUCCUUUUCGAAAUAUACAAAUGAACUCUGUAUUUGACAACAGAAGAUGAACGUAGAUUUCUGUAUAUUCAGUUUUUCAAAAUGCAAAAAUCGGCAUUUUGUGACGUGACAAUACGCUCUGCCUCCAGCCUCCACAUUUAUAAUUGCUAUAUAAAUUGAAUCUACCUAUUACCUGUAGUACACGGCAUACCGUCUUUUGGAAAAAGUCGGAGUGGUUUUGAACUGACUUUCAAAAGGUUGUCCGAGACCGAUCCCCAGUUUUUGCUUCAUAAUUAUUUAACCCGUUCACUCUGACGCUGCCAUCAAAGGCUCACACAAGCCUGACCCAUCGGGCAGCGCUCACCUCCGGGGGAACGCAUUUGAUUUUGCUAUCAGGAACUUUUGAUUAACUCUAUGUAUGCAUCUGUGUGUGUAUGUGCGAGUACCUGUACAAGAGUGUUUAUGUUUGCGUGGUGAAGAUGACGUUGACUUUGACCGUUGACCGUACAUGCGUCACUCUAAGGCUAACGUUUGCAUUUAAAAAAUGGACUUUUUCGGAUGGUGAUAAAAAACUAAUACAGAUAAUUGAGUUUGAUGAAUUUCCCAUGGAAGAUAAUUACAUAAUCUUACUUGCAAAAAAAAUGUACGCCCUUGUGAGCGGUCUUCCGGCAGUUAACCGGAACAUUCGCCAUGGCGGACGAAAACAUGCGUGUAGGUAUGUUUUUGAGUUCUUUCUUCGUUUUAUUUAUCAAUUCCUUCUCAGUUUUCGUGACAAAAUAGUUGGAGUAGAUUUUACGCUUCAAGUUUGCCCAAAAUAUUCUCGAUGGGACGCAGCUGGGGGAGGCUGGGUAGGGUCGCCGACUUGGGUACCACAUCGAUAUUCAGCCGCUCCAUCUCCUCUAACGAUCGCUUCAAGCAAUGGGCCGACGCCAGAUCCGGCCAGAACACCAGGUCUCCGCCCUUAUGGUAUUUCUUAAUGAACGACGCAACAUUCCGCAGGCACUUCGUACUAUAAAUUUCUCCGUUCACGACCAGUCCAGGGCUAAAGAAGAGCGGUUUUGACAUCCCCUUCUCGCAGAUUGUCAGCCACAGCAGCUUAGGGAACUUGGGGUGUGAAAUAAACUUCACUUCGGAGCUAGCUUCCUUCAUGGGGAAAGUAAAAUACGAAGUGCCCUGCCAGUUGUUGCCAUCCAGGGUGAGAUAGACCUCGUCAUCCGUCACCACCGCCACGUCGCGAAUCGCCGGGGAAAUCAACUUGAUCAUCUUAUUCAGCCGCUACCGCUGCGUCAUUGCCUGCAGCUCCGAGACUAGUGGACGGGACUUCCGCUUCCUGACAUGUAUCUUCAUUCGCCACAUACUUUUUAACUGUUUGGCCGGUUGCACCGACCUUCCAGCCAAGCGCACGCAGCGAUGUAGCCACUUUUCCCUCGAUCUUCCUCUUCAGCAUCCUUUGGAGCUUCUUGUCGCUCAGAGAACUGGGCUUUCUUUCGACGCUCUGAUUGUUGUCCAACAGUGGCAAUAUGUUUUAGAUUAACUUCACUGUUUUCGCCAUCACGGUUAGAGUUCGACUCAAUGAGGCACGUAUUGAGGUGGAGCAGUAGGCGAAUCAUAUAUGUAAGCAAAAUAUGGUGUCGUAGUUAUUUGCAUUCAAUAUGAAAUGUAUAUGGAAGAACCAAAACAAUGUUCAAAAUACUGACGGUUUUAUGAGAAUUUGAGCCAAAUGUCCCUAGAAAUGUUCAAACCGUUGGUUUAUUCACUGAUGACAAUUGUAUUGGGAAUUAUUUCCACAAUUUAAGCGGUGAAAAGGUCCAGAGAGCAGUCGUAUUGUUAAUUCUCGAAAGCAGUAGAAUUUUCGCUAAAAUUGUGCUCAAUUAAAGACUGUUACACACACCGACACUGAGAACCUUCAACGUAUAAACUCAGUAUCCUUAGAAUAAUGAAUGUUCGUUUGUUUCUAUGGACGUGGGGGAGUGAAAAUAAAAAACAAAAAUAUUUUUUUCAUUUACCUUUUGCGACGUGAUUCUACUUAUAUCCUCUGCACGCUUCCACAUUAUAUUCAAAAUCAGUUGGGACUCCAACAAAAUGUAUGUUUUAAUUGGGUUACUAUGAUUGAUGCUGCAUGGAGAGUUUCGUCAGUGAGUCAGAAGGUAAACCCAAUGACUAUACGUACCUGUGGAGCCAGGUGGAGCAGUAGGCGAAGUGUAUCUGUAUUGGCUAACAAAAUAUCGUGUCGUAAUUAUUUGCAUUCAAUAUGGAAUGUAUAUGGAAGAAGGAAAACAAUGUUGACAGUACUCACGGUUGCAUGAUAAUUUGAGCCAAAAUUCUCAUGAGAUCAUUCAACUGGUUGUUUUUUAACAGAUGACAAUUAUAUCGUGGCUUAUUUCGAUUAUUCAUGUGGUAAAAUGUCCAGAGAGCAGCCGUAUGCUUAGUUCUCAAAAACAGUAACAUUUUCGGUGAAAUUUUGAUAAAUUGGCGAUUAUUAUCUCACAACAUGCACACCGACACUGAGAGCCUUCGAAAAAUCAACUUUAUAACGGUAAAAUAACGAUAACUUCUUUUGUUUCUAUGAACGUGAGGGAGUGAAAAUGCCGCAAGGAAAUAUCACUUUUAUCCGCCUUUUUCGACGUGAUUUAACUAAUAUUCACUCCACGAUAACACUUUAGUCUCAUAGUCAGCGGGAGCUCUACAAAAAUUAACGUUUGUAAUUGAUAAAUUACUUCCUGAAAAUACCAUUUUUACAUAGAUGCGGUGGGCAAUCAAAGAUGAAUACAACGACUGACGUCACUAUUUGCGAAAUAGUUAUGGCAGUGCAUGCUAUGUCGCUCGAAACUCGACCAUCUUCAUUACCUUUUUUCCAAGACAUUGAGGUAAACCCAUGAAAAAUCGGCAUUUUUUUUUUAAUGCAAACGUUAAGACCAUUUCAUCCUAUUGGGUGAAUCUAUAUUAUUAUGGAUUCAUCAUAUGGAUUUUCCAUAUCUUUCCAUAUCAUUUUAUACUAUUAUCACAAACCGGAAGUCGAAACAAGAUUAUAUCUUUAUUCUUGAAUCUGCUUACAUCUAUUAUUAACAAAUCAUAGAAAAAAGCUUAUUUGUAUGUUUAGAAAAGGAACUGUAAUUAAUAAAAAUAAAAAGUCAGGCCAAUCCAAGCCAAUCUAAUUACAAAAUAUUCUCCAACUGAUGAUUUUUGAUGGAAAUUUUCUCAAUUUUACUAUAACAUCGUUUAAUUUUGUGUAAUUUAUACAUGAAAACGCAAAAUAAGUGUUUGUAGUGAGACAAAAUGUUGUCAUGUCACGCUUGUAUGAAUGGUUUUUUUUUCGUGGCGUGACAAAAACUAUUGCAGACAGUUCAUAUUCCUCUAUUUGUGGACCGAUUUCAACUAAAUUUUGUGGUUUGUUGA